GCCUCGUUUGACUUCUGACGUCCUAAUUUUAUUCUGAAACCCGACCAAGUACUAGUAACUCGUUUCAAGUUCAGUAGUCCCGUCUAUCACGUCGUAAUGCGCUGCUGGACCGAGUGGCGGAGGUGUAGUUUCAAAACACAAAUCCUCACGUGGAUCCCCGUCGCGAAGCGAUUCACUGCUCAUUGCUCAAGAAGAACCUCACAAUUUCAUUGCAAUUUGAAAUAUGAUCGGAGUUUCGACCCGAGGUAUUUUAUGCGAUAGAUCCUCCAUGACUCCUUUGGACGUUGACCAAUUUUCCCCGAUGCCUGAUACGUCCCACUUUCUUCGCCUCCCUGACGAUGUGCUUGUAUAUCUUCUCGACCUGACACCUAUGAGUGACAUGGAGAGUGUCUCACAGACGUGUAAACAACUCAAAGCUAUCUGUGGACUUGUUCGCGCCCCAUACCUGCAUGAGCUCAAUCAAGAGGGUCUGGAGUACAAUGCUGCAUCCGCAUCACAGAUGGAGUCCAUUUCGCAGGCACUGGCCUCCCUCAGGUGUAGGGAAAACAGGUGGAGGACGAUGCGUCCAAUCACUUCGUCCUGCCGUUCAACUUUGAAUGAGAGCCACUUCACUAGCUACUCUCAAAAUAUAGCGUUGUAUGUAUCCAGACAAGUAGCAUCAACUGUUGUCCAUGGGGACACGGUUGAACAUUCAACAUACCGUGGCCAAAUCGACGAGAUCACUCGAUUCCAUGCCGCUGAUGUACUGCAGGACCUUCUUGUUCUCCUACGGAUGCACCUUGGAACAGGAUUAUCAUAUCUCUGCUUCCUCUCAUUGAGAGGGAUGUCUCUGCAUCCAGCAGCUGCUAGUCCAACUUGUGUUCUCCUCACCGGCAUUAGUUCCAUGGGAUAUUUCUCUGCUCCCCUUCAUGCUCAUGGUCUAAGAAUACUUGGUCCCUGGUGCGCGCUGCUCACAACGGAUCGGCCUUCAAACCGGCUGGAAGCACAAGCCAACACACUCUUGCUUUGCAACUGGAAAACCAAUGCAUUAUUCAAAUUGGCAGGGAUUCAUCCCGACCAAGUCGACGAUUUUAAUCUUCUAAAUUCUCGUACACUUGCCGUCAUUCAUAGAACCUCGAACCCGCCUCAACUAAUACUCCGCCUUUAUGACGUUACUUUUCCAAGUCACCUCUCUUCGUCUGGUUGCGUGAGACUCCGCUUGUCAUUGCGUUUACCCCGUAUCGAGGACCAGGUAUCUAUAUCUCUUGGUCGUAUGAUACUACCAAGAACGUUGCAAGAGCAGGUGCUUCAGCCCAAUCAGCGCCCUCAGGAAGUUUUUCCUCCGAACAGCGGAAUUAUGGCUCUGUCAAUACCCCUUGCCAUGGGUGUCGAGAAGGCUUAUUUGGACAUCGCUAUCGACGUUGCAACAUUACUUUCCAUCGCCCGUGGCAGCGACAUUUCUGACCACACGAUGCUCUGGAGAGAAUGGGGUCCAAAAGCGUCGCGUAUUUUCUUGAUCGACGAGGCCCUCCACGCGGAAGGCGACGUAGAGCCCCUGCAGGACGUGGAAGGCUAUAGAAUAGCUUUUUCCAACAACGUAGACUGCAGCGAUAGCCGGAAUCGCAUCCCUGAUGAGCAUUCCCGUCCUGCAGCCUUUAUUUUAGAUUUCAAUCCUGCGAGUAUCCGAUGGGCUCGACAGGAGGAGAAGGCAGGUCGUGGACUGCACGGUGUUUUGGUAACAGAACCGAGUGUUUUACGGCCGGGACGUCUGCUUGCAGAGGAGGUAGUCAGCUCUCUACCUUAUACCCGAACUAUGCUCGAGGGAUACUUACCCCAACACCAAAUUCGGCUUUCACGAGAUGAAGUCGUCUACCCUGCUAAUCCGGCGCAAGGAUCUCCGCUGCAUAAUGUUUACAGCUUUGCGUAGGACGAUAGAAUGGCUUGCUUGCGACGCAACAAUUACGAUACCUAUUUACUUGCACUUUAGAUGUUUCCACUCAUAGCAUAACUAUACUCUCAUACCGGACACUUGAAAGUACUUGAUAUUAAUCGCUAUAUUAUACUCGACGUAGUAAUUUAUCUAAGAAGCGUACAAUUCAGCUGCUCCCCACAGAGUACACAGCAAGUGUUUAUCACAGCCUCUCCCGUGCUACACACCACUGUGAGUUGACAAGUGUAUGCGAUCUUGAAAGACGAUUGAAGUCAUGCUGAUCCCCGCAUCGGAGUCAGCCGCAAGCUUAGCGUGAUGUUCUCGAACGUUAAGGAUGAGGCGUGGUCCCAGCACGAACUUUUGGACGAGCGAGACAAUCGAAAGAACACCAAGAUACAUCUGGGUUCCCAGAGAAUACAUGU